AGGACACUUUAAUGGCGGCAUGAUGUCGCUCGGCUCGUGGCUGUGGUUAGGUGUAACGGCGGUUUCCAUCGAACUGGGUGUGAAUCUGCCACUAGACCCCACGUACAACAUCACCUGUGUUUGCAGCACAUGUGAUACCAACUACUGCGUCACCAAUGGAAAUUGUUUUGCAUCCUUGAAUAAAGUAAAUGGAGAAGAGCGGCGAGCAUACGGAUGCACGGACAUGGACCUCAUGCUCCAUACAAUGUGCAAGCAGAAGAACCAGGACACCCUGGCGACCGACUGCUGCAACAACACCAACUACUGCAACAAGGACAUCCCAUUGCUGCUGCCGGAACCGGCAAAGCCAGGAGACGCAGCACUGUUCCCCGACCUGAUAUCCCACCUCCCCCUCAUCCUCGCCAUCAUCAUCCCCAUCAUCAUCGUGGCUGUCCUCAUGCCUAUCAUAAUCUUCCUCUUCCGACGCGUCCAUCAGCGCCGGAUGGAGGCACUAUUUGCCCGUGAGAGACGCUUACUGGAGGAAGAUGGGAUACGUGCAGCGCAAGUUGGAGACAGUACUCUACAGGAGCUGUAUGACGAGUCGAUGACCUCAGGGUCGGGGUCAGGUCUGCCCUUCCUGGUCCAACAGACAGUUGCCCGGCAGGUCCGACUGGACGAGUGCAUUGGUAAAGGCCGCUACGGAGAAGUAUGGCGUGGAAAGUAUCACGACGAGGACGUGGCUGUUAAAAUUUUCUCAUCGCGCGAUGAAGCCAGCUGGUUGAGGGAAUCAGAAAUCUACAACACAUGCCUAUUACGUCACGAAUACGUUCUUGGGUAUUAUGCUUCAGACAUGACAAGCAGGAACUCGUGCACACAGUUGUGGCUCAUUACCCACUACCACAAACACGGGUCUCUGUAUGACCAUCUCCAGUGGAACGUUCUCACUCACUUACAGAUGUUGGAUCUGGCUCACUCGGCAGCUGCAGGACUCGUUCAUCUGCACACGGAAAUUGUCGGAAACCACGGAAAACCUGCCAUCGCACAUCGAGAUAUAAAGUCGAAAAAUAUUUUAGUACGGUCCAACGGAACGUGUUGUAUUGGAGAUUUGGGAUUGGCUGUCACGCAUACGCAAGAGGAUAAUAAAUUGGAUUUAGGGCGGAAUAACAAAGUGGGCACAAAGAGAUACAUGGCGCCGGAGCUUUUAGCAGAGACUCUUAACCCUGAUUUCUUUGACUCAUUCAAGUGUGUGGAUGUGUAUGCAUUUGGCCUGGUUCUGUGGGAGAUUUGUCGCAAGUGCUGCACAGGAGGCUUUCCUGAAGAUUACAAGCUUCCGUUCGGGGAGUCGGUGCCGAGUGAUCCGAGCUACGAGGACAUGAAGAAAGUGGUGGUGACAGAUGGGCAGCGACCAGUCAUCCCAAACAGAUGGGCCUCCGACCCGAUCAUGGUGCAGAUGUCAAAGCUGAUGAAGGAGUGUUGGGCACAGAACCCCAAGGCUCGGCUGCCGAUGUUGCGAGUGAAGAAAACCCUGUAUACGAUGGUACGGUCACAAGAGAUAGAAGAAAAAUGCCUUAAGAUUGAGGACAGCAAACAUAUCGAAAACACAAAACAGAAUCAGUGUUGAUAAAAGUUACAUAGCUACUUGUAGUGGAGGUACUACUUAUGUGACAACUUGUCUUAGGGCUUUCAUUUUCUAAUCGUUGCAACAAGUGUGUCGGCACUUCUGCGACUAGGAAUGUGUGAAUGUCUGAUGGAGGAAGAUUCUGAUUGGUGUUAUGUGUCAUGUGACCGGUUCAAUUCAAGACGGCAUAAUCUAUGGGAAUUUUCCGAGAACAAGUCCAUUUGUACUCAGUGCUGAGGAAGAGCCUCAUGAACAGAAGAGACAACCUUGAGAGCAGAUGGGGAAUUUAUCUAUGAUUCAAGAACGAGAAAGACGACACCAAUUAUACGAAUGUUUGUGUAUGUAGGAAUGUGUUUAAGCCUUAGUGUGACAAUAUCAGACUCUAGCCUUUCAUCCCCAGAUGAUAUGGAAUCAGUCCAGAUUUAUAAUGACUGUUGAAGAAUGGAAGAGGUCAUCUUUUACUCGAGGGUGACAAACCUGAUGUAUAUAUUGAUAAUGAGGAUGACCAUGUGAUGUUUUCUUCGUGAGGAUUUGAGCUUUAAAGGAUUGUGUUUGUUGCUUUAGGACAUUGACUGAAGCCUUCAUUGUAUACGUUGCUUCCAGCACAGGAUUUAGAGUGAUUUUGCUCAGAGCAGCAGAAGGCCAGUUCAGUUGGCAGUUCUUGUCCUCCAUUCCAUAGGCAGCCCUCUGAUGACUAGGCACAGUAUUUUUUAUCCAACAGCCCAAAAUUACAAAUAUGUGGAAUAAGUUUAAAGUUUUGACAACUGUCUCUAUUUCUGCCCACAGAAUCAGUUAUGGAAUAACUAAGAAGUAAGCGAAGUGCCAAGAAAGGUGUUACUUCCCUGACCCUAAGAACAUUAGAAAUAUAUUGUUUCUUUGACCAACAACCGUUUUGGAAAAUAAAACCAAUAAACAUAUACUACUGGGCUUUUGAUAGGAAUCAAUAUUUUAUUCCAAAUGAGGACUAAAUAUGACUGAGUUGUCAUACAAAUAGUAUUCAGUAUUGCAGUCAAGCUGAUGUUUUUUCAGCUGCAUUUGAGUUGGUAUUGACAUGAAAUAUUUCCAUCAGGUAAAUAUACUUCUGAGGUUUGUAACAGUGUCAGAUUUCUUGGUGUCCAGAUGAUGUCAAAAGUUCAGUGGUAUUUACUUGUAUACACUAUCAGAGUGUGUAUCACACCUCAACAGAUUUGUGCCAAACUCCCAGCAAGUAAUUAUACAGCUACUUUAUUCAUGGAAAUCAUUAAGUUUUGUUAUAAACUGUUGGUGUGGGUAAUUCUAUGGAACAGAAACGAGAUGACAAAUAUUUACCUGGGAUUCGCAAACUGCCAUGAGUGGAGUCACAGCCAGUCGUGUUAUUUUAUAUUUUCUCUUCUUUUUAUCAAAGACUCUAGAUACUGAUCAUCUGAUGAGAAAGUAGCAGAAGUGUUUGUUAACAGUCGCUUAGUAAUAAAACAUUCCAUCACCAUGGACAGAGGAAUGUUCAGCGGAGAGGGCCAAGGCAGGCUAAACCAAAGAAAGGUUGAUAAUUUCAUGUCAAAAUAAAGGUACAACUUAAGAACACUGUCAACAA